AUGGCGUUAAAGAUAACCAAGAUCUCCCAAGUCAACCCAGGAAGAAACGCCUCUCAUGACUCAUCCGACUCACUUAUUUACCCACUCACGUUCUUCGACUUACGGUGGUUGAAGUUUCAUCCAACCGAAAGAGUCAUCUUCUACAAACUCAAUACAUACUCAUCCCCCGAGUCCUUCUACUCUGUGUUCCUCCCCAAGCUUGAGCACCCUCUCUCUCUCGUCCUUCGUCACUACCUCCCACUCGCAGGCCGCCUCACGUGGGAUCCACAAGAUCCUAAGCCACAUAUCGUCGUCUCUCCCCACGACUCUGUCUCAUUGACAGUUGCCGAGAGCGAUGCUGAUUUUUCCUGUAUCUCCGGAAAAGGGCUACGUCCUGAGACCGAUAUACGCGCUUUGGUGCCAAAAUCUUCGGUUUUUGGUGACUCAACGUCUCUUGUUUCAUUGCAAGUCACGUUAUUUCCUAACCAAGGGUUUUGUAUUGGUAUAGCAGCUCAUCAUUCUAGUAUGGACGGCAAAACAAUGGUUAGGUUUAUCAAAUCACAUAUGCUCUUGCGGCUUGCCUCUUGGUCGACGUAA